AUGACUAAGAAUAGCUUGACUGAUGUCUACACGGUCAAAGAAUUCAAGCUUCCGUUGCAAUAUUUGUCCAUGCGCAAGCUUGCAGACAAAUAUGGCUACCUCAAUGGUUUGCCAAUACAUUGCUAUGGCGUACAACCUAAGCUGUUAAUUGGUAUGAACAACGUGCAUCUGGUCCACGCUCUUGACAGCCGCGAAGGAAUGCAGAACGAACCAGUUGCAAUGAAGACACGCCUAGGAUGGACGAUUUACGGGACGUGCGCACCGGAGAGCACCCAUGCAGCAUCGUGCAGCUAUCGCAUCUGCUUCCACUAUGGAGAUUCGGAGGAGCUCUUGCAUGAGACAGUCAAACAAUACUUCACGCUCGAUAGUUUAGGGAUCGGCGCUCGACAAAACCAGCUUUUAUCCAAGGAGGCUGAACAAGCAUUGAUAAAACUGCGUAGUACGACAAUGUUCUUCAACGGUAGAUAUCAGGUGGGGCUGCUCUGGAAAUAUGACGAUAUGCGCUUGCCUAACAACCAGUCUAUGGCAUUGAGGCGUCAUCACUGCUUAACUAAAAGGUUAGAACGCGACCUCGAAUUAUCCAGAAUAGUGCGUUCGAAGAUGGCGGACUACGAGCACAAAGGAUAUAUUCGGAAGCUUACUCCCAAAGAAACACGGAAAACUGGGGACCGAACCUGGUAUUUGCCGAUAUUCCCGGUAUUCAAUCCCAAUAAACCUGGUAAGGUUGGGAUCGUCUUCGAUGCAGCUGCUUCUUACGGUGGUGUCUCGCUUAACUCGGUAUUGAUGAAAGGCUCCGAUCAACUGAACGAUCUGCUACCAGAAUUGUACAAAUUUCGGGAACGGUUAGUUGGUCUGGGAGGUGACGUAGCGGAGAUGUUUCAUCAGAUACGGAUGAAGCCCGAAGAUGAAGACAGCCAAUGGAUCGUGUGGUGUGCUAACGAAGAAAUAAUGGAACCGUGUGACUACGUGAUGCAGGUGGUGACAUUUGGGGCAACGUGUUCACCCAGUACAGCCAUCUUCGUCUUGAACGAAAACGCCAGCCGGUUUGGGAAGGAGUAUCCUACCGCCGUCGACGCUAUCCAUCAUAGACUCUACGUCGACGACAUGUUGACUAGCGUAGAUACGGAAGAGGAAGCAAUAACAUUAGCUAGCGAAGUCCGCUACAUUCACCAGCAGGGUGGAUUCUAUAUGAGGAAUUGGGUGUCGAAUUCGUCAGUUGUGCUGAAGAGUCUGGACGAAAAUCCGAAACACGAAAAGUCGAUGGACAUGAACUCCGAUUUGGCUAUGGCCAAAGUUCUUGGUAUGUGGUGGAGCACUACGGAGGACGUCUUUCGACACAAGCUUUCCACAGACCGGAACAAGGACCUACUCUCCGGCGAGAAGCAUCCAACCAAGCGUGAUAUACUUCGAACGUUAAUGGCUACCUACGAUCCGUUAGGUCUUAUAGCUCACUAUUUAAUGUAUCUGAAGAACUUCUCCUCAUGGUACCGUUUGCGACGUACCACGGCUUUCGUUCCACGUUUUGUAAAUAAUAUCCACCUGAGGAAACACGGUCAACAACCGUUCAUCGGACCACUCUCUAGGCAGGAGCUACUCGAGGCUGAGUUGUUCCAAAUCAAGCGAGCCCAGGAGGAAGUCUAUGCGGAUGAGCUAGCAAUCCUCGCAGCAGGCGUUUGUCGUCUCCAUAAGAAGAACAGUCUGUUCAAGCUCAGUUCAUUCAUCGAUGUCCAAGGUGUGAUGCGGAUCAAUAGUCGUUUAAGCGAAUGCGACUUCCUACAAGAAAACAACAAGUACCCUGUAGUACUCCCCCAGAUCAUCCUGUCACGACACUUAUCGUACGCGACGUUCACCUGCGCUAUCAUCAUCAAUGUCACGAGACCGGCGUGA